CUCGACGCAGCAUCAGAACUCCCCGGAAAAUCCAGGUGAGAUAUUAAUGGUGUGAAAGAGCCGCUCAAAGCCCCUUCAGGGGUGAUGUGACAGGUACAAGCCCACUGGCGAGGGAUUCCCGUGCCCAUGAAGGGCAUGAGCUGCCCCAAAAUCUCCUGUGCACCCCAGGAAAGGCGGCAGUGCAGAUGCACGAGAAGGCGGAGAAGCAGGAGGGUGAUGAAAAAAACCCCAGUGGCUUCUCUGGGAUCCCAGGGGGAUGAGCCCUGGGCAGGUUUUAAUCACCCAGCUGAGGACUUUGCUUUGGCUGCUGUGCCUUACGGAGGAUUUGGGAGAUUUGAGCUGAGGCAGAGUGAGUAUUAAUUUGGAUUAUUGGGAUAUUAGCUUGAAUAUUAGCUGCCUUACAGGGGAUAAGUCGGGCAGGGCUCCGGGGCACCGCAGACACAUAAAUAACCAGCAGCCCCCCCCCCCAUUAAAGCACAGAAAGGUGGGGGGAAACUAAGUCACAGAAAAGGCACCUGCCUCACCCAGCGCGGCGCAGAGAGGAGCCAACGUUCCCCCGCCAUGAGGCCACCCUCGGCCUUCAGCAUCGUCUGCUGCGCUUUUAAGGAGCUAAAUUUAACCCCCGGGUUUGCACAGCGAGCUCCUGCAGUUCACUGCCGCUUGGUUUCCUGCCUCUCCACCGCGCAGAAGUUUCGCUCUUAACACAAAAUCCGCGGGGGAAACUCCCUGCCCCGACGUUUGCUGCCGCUGAACUUUUUUAUUUCAGCUGCCACUCGCUGAGCCUGAUGUCGCACGGCGUGCCCCCAGCCGCGGGAAGGAGGGCCCCCCGCCACAGCAUGAUGGAGAUGGAAGAAAUAUUCCUCCAGCUCUGUGAGGAGGUCACCAGGUUGCAGGAUCUGUGCACCAAGCAGGGCAAGCUCCUCCAGAAGCUGGCUGCCAGGAAGGGACCCAUCCUUGAUAUCCCCGUGUCGCUGCCAAUCCAGUGCACGGAGGAUAUGGUCACGCAGGAAGAGGAAAGGCCACCAGAGAGCCACCAGAAAUGCCCAGAGGCCCUGGCAUCUUCCAGGUCUGACCCGGAGGGCUCUGCUCAGCCCCUGGCGCAGCUGCACGCUGCCGGCAUGCUGCCCGCCCUCGAUGGCAAACACUCACCAAGCACGGCGAACACCAGUGUCUUUGGCGGUGGAACUGGAGGAGCAGCUCUUGCCAUAGCUUUUGGCAGCAACAGGGCAGAGAGGAGCGAGAAGGUGGAUGUAGACACGUGGCUGCAAACCUGUAGGAUGCUUCCUACUGUGACAGCCCCCAGGGAAGACGUGGGAGCUGGCUGCAGCCCAGAGGAAUUUGUGGCACCAAACCCAGUCGCUGGGGACUCCUUUCUGACUCUUCUGGACCUCUACGAGGCACCAGAAACCCUUCGGAUGGAAGAUGCUCCCAGCGAAAGUGCUCUGCCCGCGGAGGCUAAAGGCCCAGUAGAGAUCCGAGGACCCGUGAAGACGUCCUGGACGCCGGGCUGGGUGCUGGAGGACGGUGAUGGGGCACUGGGGCAAGGCGCUGGCCUUGCCUCUGAGGGUGCUCAGGCUUGUGACAUUUGCCAGGAGAUGUUCCCCUCGGACGCAGCGGGCCAAGCAGGCUAUUUAAAGCACGUCUUAGCCCACAUGAAGUAGGACUCGUCUUCAUCGGAAAUUCGCAUAUUUGCACCUCGAUCAGCGUGAUGGGCUCCGGACCUUCAUGAGAUCGUGGUGCCAGCUGUGGCCGGGGCCAGCUCCGGCAGAGCUGCUCUGCCCGGCGAUCCACUAUGCUCCCAGACUCGGCUCUCGAUGCGAUGCUUGAUGAGGUUGAGGGCUCUGGGUGUGUUUUGGCUUGUUGAGCUUUGUGGAUAUCAAAGCUGCU